AUGCGCGUGCUUAUUUUUCUUCUUAUACUUCAUACGUUUCUAGUAUUGUCCGCUUUGCAAACAAUUCCCGUGUUAAACAUAACACAAGACCAACUAGAUCUGAAAGAUUAUUUAACUCAUCGUUGUUCUAAAGAUUUAUCAUAUACUUUCCUGAACAAUUCGAGUAAUUCACAAAUUAUACAAUAUUUAAGCGAUGGCAAAGAAUUGAAACAUAAAUUAAUCUCCGGAUCUAUAAUUACGAAUCAUUUGAGUCGUUUGAUGGUACAAGUAUCAACAACAGAUGUAGCUUAUAACCUCAGAUUUCCUAACCCCAACAAUAAACAUUCACUUCAUAAUUCCAUUAGUCAAGUGACAAGAGAUAUUGGGGAAAGUCUACAAUCUAUCCUAGCGGUUGUCAACCGUAUUUUGGCUAGCAGCAAUCGAGUGCUUGAAGAUAUUAAUACAAUAAAAACACUUCUCUCACUUUCGCUUGGCGAUGAGUCGACCGUUUUUGUGUUAGAAAGCUUGCAGAAUCUUAAUCAAACCUACUAUUCAAAUGCUGAUGGGAUCAAAACGUUUAGUUCAAUAAGCGAAAAACUAGAAAAUAAUACCAGAAUUCUAACUCUUUUGAUUAGUAACACAUCGGUACAGUAUCAUAAUGUCUUUUUAACAACACAGCAACGUAUUAAUGAACGAUUUACACAAGGUCCAUAUAGUUUAUUGAUAGGUUUACAGGCACAAGAAAAAAUGGCUCAACAUUCUCUACAACAAGCUAUAGACAACUAUCAAGCAAUUUUGAAUCGUGCAGUCAAGGUGGGUCUAUUACAUGUCACUGACGCAGAUACAGAAGCAGCUUUACGACAAUAUCUGAAUGCUGAAAAAACACAUAUUGAAGCACUUGCUCGAGUAAACCAAAUGCAUCGAAAUAUUUCAAGUUUAAUACGUUUGCCGAAUGAUUUUGACAAAAUCUAUGCACAAUGGGCUCAAGAUAGUAAAAACUUACUGACGACAGCAGUGAGUGGACUACAUAAUGCGAGUGAGAGCUGGAGAAGUCUCUAUCAAUUUCUACAACCAUUAGCUGACCAAGUCACCUUAGUCUACGAGUUAAUAAAAAAGUAUUGUACAAUUGUAUCAACGCCACCGGAUUUACCACGUGCCGUUAUCGAUUGGAAGCAAACGAAUACGUUAUCAUUGGAAAUGAUUGAAGACCUCAAGAAGGAAAUGUUGUUUGUGUAUUUUUUGAGCAAUAUUUAUUUCGACGUUUUAACUGAAUUAGUCAUGUGUCAACUAGUAAGCAACAGUCAUCUAUUACUUUUAAGCACUGAGGAAGAUCGUCAAACGUAUCUAAAACGAUUAGAUAUCGAAUUUGUUUUGAUUGCCAAGCGAGCUGCUGACAUAUUUGAUAAAUAUCAUGAAAAUUAUGAAUUAUGA